AUGACGUACAUCGGUCUUCUCCUGAUGUGUUGGCUGUAUGCUACAGUUUUACGUGUGUCUCCUUCUUACGCCAGGAAAGCAUGCAAACCUCCUUUCCGUAUUUUUGGGGAGAGCUGUUACUACAUAAGCAGGCACAAAGUGACAGGAGAUGGGGCUUUCGCUCGUUGUUACCAUAUGGGUGGAUAUCUUGCAAACUUUGAAACACUGGAGGAAGCUAUGCUAAUGAAAGAAAAAUUAAUGCGAAUGCGUACAGGUCACAAUUAUUUCGUCGGUGGGAGAAACAUAAACAGAAGAAAACCUGGAGGAGACUGGAGAUGGAUCAAAAAUGGAAAAAUGAGCAAGAUGACAUAUUUCGCCUUUGGUGCCAGACAACCUGAUGGAACUGACAGGGCUCCCCAAGACUGCAUGUUCUUUUAUGCCAGAGAGCGGUACAUUUUCCACGACGUCUAUUGUGACCAUGAUUCAUAUUAUGCUAUGUAUAUUUGCGAGAAAUAA